CUAAAUAAUAAUUUAAUUUCAUUGGAUGUCGGGGAAAAAAUUCAUAAUUUCUUUCACCCAAAAAAAUCCCUAAUAUCCCUAAUAUAGUCUCCGACCAGUCGACCUUCCCACCAGUCCGGCGGUCACUCUUCACCUCCACAGUCCACCAACUCCUCCAGCAGAAACCCAGAUGACACUGACUCGAGUCUACGAUGAGGAAGCCAACCUGUUCGCGAUGCAGCUGGCCAGCGCCUCCGUCCUGCCCAUGAUGCUCAAAUCGGCACUCGAGAUGGACCUCCUUGAGAUCAUUGUCAAAGCCGGCCCCGGGGCUUGCCUUUCCCCUGCCGAAAUCUGCCCACCUCCCCACCAAGAACCCAGAAGCUCCCCACAUGAUCGACAACAUCAGCCGCAUCCUCGCUUCCUACUCCGUACUCACUUGCUCACUCCAUACCCUCCCCCACGGAACCGUUCAGUGUCUCUACAGCGCUGCCCCUGUCUGCAAGUUUUUUUCGAUGGAGAAACUAAAUAUCCACCGCCGGUGGCGAAAUCAUUCCGGGCGAUGUUGAUUUGAUGUUUCGCGAUGGAAACUCUUGCGGUACCGUUUGAUCGGAUGCACCACUGAAUGUUGAAAUCAACGUGACCGUCAAAUAUCCAUCGUCGAGCGUUGGACGAUGUUGAUUUAAUCGAUGCACCUCUGAAUGCUGAAAUCAACGUGACCCCCAAAUAUCCACCGUCGGGCGAUGUUGAUCUGAUCGAUGCACCUUUGACUUCUAACCAAGACGACCGUUACUACGGUUCGCACCUUUUCAAACUACGUUCGAACGAUGGUGUUUGAGUUUUUAGGAAUCUACGUUACUGCUACUCCUAUGGAGAUUCCUGUGGAGAGCUCCGCGACUACGACUAAGACUAUAACUAUGGAGAUCUUUCCUGGAAGGAGAACUUCGCAAAGGAGUUACAGAGAAAAAGGUAAAUUUGGAACAGAGUUGUUCUGUGUUGAUUUUUUUCCUUUCUCUCUCCUUGCUCCGCUGCUCUUAUUCAAAAAAACAUUUUCGUAGCCUUCACGCUCCAUGAAAUUGCUUCCUCAACUGCUCCGUCAUGAACUCCCACGUGUCUCAACUGCCUCGAUUUUGAUUCUGCGUGAAUCUCACGUGGAACAAAGCUACAAUGACGAUGUUGCUCUGGGAUAACAGUGGCGUUGGACUUAGCAGGCCACCCUUGGUCGAGCUCUUACCCACUGUGAUAUCAUUUUUAAUCAAACGAUAUCGUUUAUGAUACCGCGGUGUCAUUGAUACCUCCCGCGGCAUCGUUUUUAUCUAAACAACACCGUUUAAAAUAAUUAUUAAAAAGAUUAAUUAAUUAAACUGCCUCAUUAUUGUCACGCGGUCAAAUUUUCAUCCCUCGACGCCGUUUAAUCUUUCCGCGACACCGCUUUUCACUAAUCGAUGCCGACCUUGAAUUGCUCCGUCCUUGUCCCAUAAAAAAUGUCAUUUUUCAUUCCACGACAUUGUUCUCUACCAAAUGACACCGUUUUCCAGUCUCGCGAUGCCGUUGAGCUUUGAGCUUCGCGGCAUCGUUUGAUCCCUCCUCCGACAAGGAAAAAAUAGAAACGUUCCCUUUUCCAAUUCCAACAGCAGCAUCGCGAGCCCGAAUACAUUCGUAGCCCUGACUCGCGACAUGGUUUUCACUGAACAACGUCGUUCUCAACACCGCGGUACCGUCGAGCCUCUACGCGGUGUCGUUUCUCUUCUCGUCUGACAAGGAAUAAACAAAAGCAUUCCUUUUCCAAUAACAACACCAACCCUGCUGCACUCCCACAUUGUUUUCUAGUAAACAAUGUCGUUUCAAGUACUGCGGUGCCGUUUUCUAAUCCGUGGUGUUGUUGGCUUACUCGCGACACCGUUUUACCAUCCGCGAUGCCGCUUAUCUUUAAACGGCGCCGUUUUUUAUCACACGACAUCGAAUUAAAUGCCGAGACUAAUUAAUGCGGCAUUUAAUUGAAUCAAAAAUAAUUUUAGGUGUAAACAAAGUUCCUCAUCAAGAACGAGGACGCGUCUCCAUCGCUGCGCUCACGCUCAUGAACCAUGACAAGGUCAUCGUGGAGAGCUGGUAAUUAACUGCGUUUCCCCUGAUUUGAUUUCGAUUAAUUAACAUCUAUGGUUUAAUUAGUUUUUUUCUUCAACAUUCGAAUUUCUGCUCAAUCAAUGUUCUCCCCGUAGCUCCAAAAUUGAUUUGCAGUUCUCCGCCAACACCCCACCUGAUCGGGAAGCCGAAUUGGACCUGGAAAAGAGCAGAACUUUGGCGUUAGCGACGGAGGAGUGGUCGGACUCGGUCUCUAUUUAGAAGGAGGGAGAAAUUGGUGCAGAAGUGCAAGGAUUCUUCGACGUCGCCGGAGGGACGCUUUUGCUUGCGUUGGUGGAUGCAGCUUUGGCAAAGUCCGAGAGAAGGAAUUAAAAGGGAUUGGGUCUGGACAUGUGAAGGGGUGGGAGGGAUGGAAAUGAAAUUAAAUUAGGGAU